UUUGUAAGAUAUUUGAACGUUAAAUCAGAUGUAUCAUCAGUGCUGUCAGGAGUAGUCAUUAAAAUUAUGCCUAGAAUCCUAGUAUUGUUAAGCAAUUUGAACAUGUACAUUAAAUCAUAAUCUCAACUUUUACAUUAUGCUCAUGUAAAUUCAGCAAUAGCAUGAUAAUUUCCGCUAAAAGGAAGUAGAAGCCACACAAGUCUAGAGCAGGGAAAAAAAACACAGACAUUUAACUCAGAGGAAACGGCAACGUGUACCUUCGCUGAAAGCAUCCAAAUUCUUCUUGUCCACGAUGCUGAAUAAAUUGCUUUUAGUUCUCUGGCUGGCAGGACCUGCUUUUGCCAAACAAUUUCCAGAUGUCGAUUGUGUCAUUUUGCAUUUGAAGACUGUUAGAUGUACCUGGAACGGACAUGGCAAUCUCACAGUCAACUACACCUUCCACAGCUGGUUUCAUAAUGAAAAAGCCAGGGCGUGUGAGAUGUACUUGACCAGCAACAGGAUCAGAAAUGGCUGCAUUCAGCCCUAUGGUGACAUUUCCAACAGAUUCACAAUGUUUUACACACGACUGGAGCGUGACAACAGAACUUCCCCGAAAAGGCAUGAUCUUGUAAAGAAAGUUAAAUUAAAUCCGCCGACCAAUUUGACUGUUCAGAAAGGAGCAGACAAUGUUUGGUUCUACUGGAAUCAGAUCUUGCCAUCAUGUGUGCAAAAUGAGGUUUGCUACAGGACCUGUUACAAGAAUUGGGACUGCUUUCCGCAGACAUGUGCAGUCCUUCAUGGGAAGCAAAAUUACUGCAUCAACUUGCCCUCUGAUUGUUCCCGGUAUGAACUUAAAGUGAGAAGCAGUUUGGACGAAACGUGCUCAGCUUCUGACUGGAGUGACUGGAGUGAUCCUGUGAUCUGGAUAUCAAACAACAGCACAGAAUGUGACCAAGGCACCGGUUCCACGUUUGUGAUAAUUGUGUGCGUUCUGGCUCCUGUCAUACUCAUCCUGAUGGUUGUGCUGUUGCUGCGUUAUGAGAGGUUCAGAAUCAUCUUCAUCCAUGUAGUACCAGAGCAAUCCCUGAUUCCUCAAGAUAAGAUUGAGCCUUGGCUUGAAAUUCCCAAAGAUCUUAAACAAAGCUUCAAGGCAAGCUACCAUGAUCGUGCCUGUCCUGUUCAAGAGUACCACCAUGUCUCCCAGGGUUCCGUGUGAGUUGGGACCUAUACCAGCCCACUUUGGAUGAGUUACACCCUGGGCUGGUUGUCAGCCAAAUGUAGAUGUAAAUAUACCCAGAUAACAAUUGGUGUAUUAAGUUAUUGAAGUAUUAUUAUUAUUAUUGGCAAAAUAUUACAAUAAUGUGGCAUUAUGUGGCAGCUGUAGAACAGUUCUGAGAAACGGGUUUGCAUCCCGGCCUGCCUGUGUGGAGUUUGCAUGUUCUCCCUGUGCCUGCGUGGGUUUUCUCCCGGCCAUUCCGGUUUCCUCUCACAUCCCAUACAUUGGACACUCCAAAUUACCCUUGGGUGUUAUUGUGAGUGUAACUGUCUGUCUUCAUGUGCCCUGCGAUUGGCUGGCAAUCAGUUCAGGGUGUUCCCCGCAUCCUGCCCGAUGACAGCUGGGAUUGGGUCCAGCAUUCCAGUGACCCUCUUGAGGAUAAGGGGCUAUGAAAUGAUGAUGGAUGGAUGAAUGGAUGAUAAGGAGUAUUAAAGCCUCACUGAAAAGAAAAAAAAUACUUUAUUUUCUAUUUUAUUUACGUUGUAUUUCUUUCCCUUACAGACAUCUAGACGUAAAAUGUACACUUUUUUUUUGUCAAAAAGCAUU